CCUAGGUGAGCACCCACCUGGGUGGGUAGAAGAAGCUCCGGUCUUUAAAAUACAGAAUAAUAGGAGAGACGGUAGCACUCCUUCGGUUGCUCGCCCCAUACGCCCUCUUGCCCACUGUCUGAAUCCUCCAUCAGGAAUAUCACCAUGUCGUCGACGAGCGAGAGUCACUGCUAUUUUAGCAGAGUGUUGCAAAGAGAGACAAUUGAAUACAAACCAAGUGAGGAAAAAUGGCUUCCGAUUAGAUUUUAUCUCAUCAAGCAAACCCGCUACUGGAAUGAUAAGUCAAGCAACUAUUCUUGUGAAUCCUAUGCAGCUGGCCAGACAGGCGCUUCAAUCCAUCACUCUUAUUCAGACCACAGACGAGGGUACACUGCAUUUAUGACUCAUUACCUUUCCGAAAUCGGAGUCCCACGACUGGAGCACUCAACUAUCCUUGAUAAAAUAUUUCAGGUGGUUCGCUCGGCCUCCCCCCAGCGAACCAUUCUUGUGUUAGUAGCCGACAUCACUGUGCCUGCCAUUGAUACACUUGUGUGCAAGAAUCCCAGUGUUUGUUUCAACUUGAAAUAUUGGGUUGAUGGUGAAUUGCAUCAGGAAACACAUACAAUGCGGGAUGUUGACUGUCAUGGUUCGCUUACAGUGGAAUCCUUCGGAGCUGUUCCUAGCACCGCUGGGUUUGUCCAUGCAAGUACAAAGCCAAUGCGGGAUUACCACAAGAUCGGGUCUCAUGGUACCGCUGAGUUUGUUGAACUAGACUCGACUCCUCUCCGGAGAUUUUGGCCCUCAGACAUGCACCGGAUAAGUAAAGCUGAUCAAGAAGAAGACGAUGACUCUUCGUCAUCAGAAGACGAAGUAUUUGGGCCCUGUGAGGUUUGUUUGAAGGAUAAUGCACACUGGAAGUUUGAUUGCCCGUACCUGGUUUGUAUCCCAAACGCCAAGGAUGUAACUCUUGGCAAUGGCUAUGAUUUAUUUUGCAAGGGAUGUCCUAGGUUGGGUGUCCAUGCAGCUCACCACUGGAAAGGGCGUGCCGUCAGGAAGAAAUGUGGAGUUUGUCACGAGUAUGGUCAACACUGGAGUUCAGAGUGCCCAAAACGUCCUAAUCCAAAGCCAUUUGGUCUUCUGCUACGUAAGCUGACGGGAGAACGUGAGGAUUAAGAGCUUUGUCGUCUGUCUUGAAUUUAUGGUAAUGUAGUCAUCAAAUAGGAUGGUAGUGAUGUAUGAAAACACCCAUGUACUCCUCGUACUCUUAUUAAGACUAGAAGUGGUUGUUUGGAUAAGAAUAUUUUUCUUCUCGCUAAUGUAGUAGCAAAGAGUGUUCUAUUGUCAACUUUAUUUUCUUUG